GAUGAAAAUGGGAAUUGCUCUGGCGAAGGUAUCGAGUUCCCAACAACCAACUUAUAUGAACUGGAGAGCAGAGUUUUAACAGAUCAUUGGUCCAUACCGUAUAAGCGGGAAGAGUCUCUAGGCAAGUGCCUGAUUGCAUCCACGUAUCUCGCAAGACUCGGUCUUGCUGAUUCUGAUGAGAAUUGCAAGCGAUUUAUGGACAGAUGCAUGCCUGAAGCAUUUAAAAAGCUGUUGACAUCCAGUGCCGUGCACAAAUGGGGAACGGAAAUCCAUGAAGGCAUCUACAACAUGCUCAUGCUGCUGGUAGACCUGGUCGCAGAAAGAGUAAAACAAGAUCCUAUUCCUGUGGGCUUGCUUGGUGUGCUUACAAUGGCGUUUAACCCUGACAAUGAAUAUCACUUCAAGAAUCGAAUGAAGGUAUGCCAGAGAAAUUGGGCAGAGGUCUUCGGGGAGGGCAAUAUGCAUGCUGUCUCACCCAUAUCCACUUUUCAGAAGGAACCUCAUGGGUGGCUGGUGGAUCUGGUGAACAGGUUUGCAGAAUUGGGUGGAUUUUCAGCAAUUCAGUCAAAACUCAAUUCAGAAGAUAUUGAACUUGGGGCAAUCUCUGCAUUAGUUCAGCCGUUUGGAGUUUGUGCAGAAUAUCUCAACUCUUCUGUAGUACAGCCCAUGUUGGAUCCAGUCAUUCACAAAAUGAUUAAAUAUGUACAGAAUGUAGAAGAGAAGGAUCUGAAAGAUAAGAGACUAGUGAGUAUCCCUGAGCUCUUGUCUGGUAUCAAGCUGCUGUGUAUGCGCUUCCAACCCGAUCUGGUAACCGCAGUAGAUGACUUGCGACUGGACAUUCUGCUGCGCAUGUUAAAAUCUCCUCACUUCAGUGCAAAAAUGAAUUCCCUCAAAGAAGUAACCAAAUUAAUAGAAGACAGCACUGUAUCAAAGUCUGUGAAGAAUGCAAUAGAUACAGACAGAUUACUGAACUGGCUAGUAGAAAAUUCUGUCUUGUCGAUUGCUCUGGAAGGUAAUAUAGACCAAGCACAAUACUGUGAUCGUAUAAAGGGAAUUAUUGAACUGCUGGGCAGUAAAUUAUCUUUAGAUGAGCUCACUAAAAUUUGGAGAAUACAGUCAGGACAAUCCUCCACUGUGAUUGAAAACAUACAUACCAUUAUUGCUGCAGCUGCUGUGAAGUUCAGCUCUGAUCAGCUGAAUCAUUUAUUUGUUCUUAUCCAAAAGAGCUGGGAGACAGAGAGUGACAGAGUGCGCCAGAAGCUGCUGAGCCUGAUAGGACGCAUUGGUCGAGAAGCUCGGGUAGAGACAACCACUGGAAAGGUUCUGGAGGUGCUUUGGGACCUGGCUCAUCUUCCAACCUUACCUUGUAGCCUGAUUCAGCAGGCCUUAGAGGAACAUCUGACAAUCCUCAGUGAUGCCUAUGCAGUGAAAGAGGCAAUCAAAAGGAGCUACAUCAUCAAAUGCAUAGAGGAUAUUAAGAGGUCGUCCCAGCACAAUAAUCCUCAGUUUGUGUGGGUGGUGCCAGCUCUGCGUCAGCUCCAUGAAAUCACACGAUCGUUUAUUAAGCAGACUUACCAAAAGCAAGACAAGAGCAUUAUUCAAGACUUAAAGAAAAAUUUUGAGAUAGUGAAAUUGGUGACAGGAAGCCUAAUAUCAUGCCAUCGUUUGGCUGCAUCUGUGGCUGGUCCAGGAGGACUUGUUGGAGCGACAUUAGUGGAUGGCCGAUACACUUACCGGGAGUAUUUGGAAGCACAUCUAAAAUUUUUGGCAUUUUUUCUGCAAGAAGCCACCCUUUAUUUGGGCUGGAAUCGUGCCAGGGAGAUCUGGGAAUGCCUUGUAACUGGCCAGGAUGUUUGUGAGUUAGAUCGAGAGAUGUGCUUUGAGUGGUUUACAAAAGGACAGCAUGAUCUAGAGAGUGAUGUGCAACAGCAGCUGUUCAAGGAGAAAAUUCUUAAACUGGAGUCAUAUGAAAUUACUAUGAAUGGUUUUAGUUUAUUUAAAACUUUCUUUGAAAAUGUGAACCUGUGUGACCAUCGACUAAAGAGGCAAGGAACUCAGCUGAGUGUAGAAAAACUGGAAUUAAUAGGAAUGGAUUUCAUUUGGAAGAUAGCAAUGGAGUCACCUGAUGAAGAAAUUGCCAAUGAAGCUAUACAAUUGAUAAUAAAUUACAGCUAUAUUAAUCUAACUCCUAGACUGAAAAAGGAUUCAGUAUCACUGCACAAGAAAUUCAUUGCAGAUUGUUACACGCGAUUAGAGGCAGCCAGUUCAGCACUUGGCGGUCCAACAUUAACGCACGCUGUUACAAGAGCUACAAAAAUGCUUACAGCAACUGCUAUGCCUACAGUAGCAACAUCAGUUCAGUCUCCUUACAGGUCAACUAAACUUGUAAUAAUUGAGAGACUAUUGCUGUUGGCAGAGCGUUACGUGAUAACUAUAGAGGACCUUUAUUCUGUUCCUCGAACUAUUCUACCUCAUGGUGCCUCUUUCCAUGGACAUCUUUUAACACUUAAUGUUACAUAUGAGUCUACCAAAGAUACCUUCACCAUAGAGGCUCAUAGCAAUGAAACCGUAGGGAGCGUCAGGUGGAAGAUAGCAAAGAUGUUGAAUUCUCCUGUUGAUAAUAUACAGAUAUUUGCCAAAGACAGCCAAGAUUUCCCUCUUCUAGGAUUUACUGCUCAGAUUGACUAA